AUGGCGACCGUCACCCGCCAGCGCACCUCCACGACCACGGCCACCGCGACCGUGGUCCUCCAGCCGCAGAAAUCCGCGCCUGUCUUCCCCGAUAUUCAAACCAUCCGAAACACCAUUCCCGCCCAUUGUUUCGAGCCGUCGCUAUGGACGUCCUUUUACUAUGUCUUCCGCGACCUUUCCAUGGUCACCGGUCUCGUCUGGGCCGCCCUGACCUUCAUCCCUACGAUUCCUAAUGCGUACCUGCGCUUCGCCGCUUGGAUGGCCUAUGGCUUUGUGCAGGGCCUCGUCUGUACCGGCGUCUGGAUUCUCGGACAUGAGUGCGGACACGGUGCCUUUUCCAAGCACACCAGGCUCAACGACUGCGUUGGCUGGGUCCUCCACUCCUUCCUCCUGGUGCCCUACUUCUCCUGGAAGUUCUCGCACCACCGUCACCACCGCUUCACCGGCCACAUGAACAAGGACAUGGCCUUCGUUCCCGCUACCAAGGCCCCCGUUUCGCGCCUGCCCUCGUUCCUCGCCAACCUUAACCUUCACGAGCUCUUCGAGGACACCCCCCUUGCCCAGCUUGUGCCCCUCAUCUUCCACCAGCUCUUCGGUUGGCAGGCAUACCUGUUCUUCAACGUUACCGCUGGCAAGGGUAGCAAGCAGAGCGAGCCGUCUGGUCUCGGCAAGUAUUUCCAUGUCAGCCACUUUGAGCCGACCAGCGCCGUCUUCCGCUCCAGCGAGGUCCUUUACGUCGCCAUCACCGACGUCGGCCUGGCCCUGAUGUUCACCGCGCUCUACUACGCCACUCAGGCCCUGGAUCUCUCGACUGUUCUCUUCCUUUAUGCCGUUCCCUACUUCUGGGUCCACCACUGGCUGGUUGCCAUCACCUAUCUCCACCACAACCACCCUGAUGUCCCCCACUUCAACGAGGAGGGCUGGACGUUCGUCAAGGGCGCCCUUGCCACCGUCGACCGCGAGUUUGGUUUCAUUGGCAAGCACCUCUUCCACGGCAUCAUUGAGAAGCACGUUGUGCACCACCUUUUCCCCCGCAUCCCCUUCUACAAGGCUGAUGAGGCUACUGAGGCCAUGAAGCCUCUGCUCGGUGACCUGUACAUCCGGGACGACCGCAGCUUCCUUGGCCAGCUGUGGUCCGUCUUCGGCACUCUGCACUACGUCGAGAACGACCCUGAUAUCAAGGGCAACAUGCGCUGGGUCAAGAACUAG